GCGAUACGGCAACACCACUAAAUCAGCUGGUUGUUUGACAUCUCCCUUAUGUAUGGUGUAAUUGCAAAUUUCAAAAAAUCGUGCAAGUGAAUUUGCGGUGUGUUUGUUUGGAUUUGCUGACUUUUACGUUUACAUUAUAUUCUAUUCUAAAUUAAGAAGGAUUAGCGAAAUUAACUGCAAAGGUCUGUUGCAACUUACUAAAACAAAGUAAUGAAGUGCUAUUACGAAGAAUUGGGAGUUGCACGAGAUGCAACGGAUGCCGAUAUAAAGUCUGCAUAUCGCAAAUUGGCAUUGCGUUGGCAUCCCGAUAAAAAUCUCAAUGCGCUAGAGGAGGCUAAAGAACGUUUCCAGUUGAUACAGCAAGCUUAUGAAGUGCUGUCUGAUGCACAAGAACGAGCAUGGUACGAUAACCACCGUGAUCAAAUAUUGCGUGGCAAAAACUCGGACUACACCGAGAACUGUUUGGAUGUUUUCGAAUAUUUCACUUCAUCAUGUUUCCGUGGAUACGAGGAUGGCGAAAAGGGUUUUUAUGCCGUUUAUAGAGAGGUAUUCGAGAAGCUUGCUGCAGAGGAUGCUGAAUUUGUGGAUGACGACAGCGAUAUCGAACAAAUUCCCAGCUUUGGUGAUUCUAAGAGCAGCUAUGAGGAAGUCGUUGCACCUUUUUAUGCCUAUUGGCAGUCGUAUUGCACAAAGAAACCGUAUACGUGGCUUUGCCCAUAUGAUGUAAAGGAGAUAAGGGACCGCCGAAUAUUGCGUGAGGUGGAAAAAGAAAUGAAAAAGGUUGUGCAAAAGGCGCGGAGAGAAAGAAAUGAAGAGGUCAGAAAUUUAGUUUCAUUUGUUCGCAAACGAGAUAAACGUGUGCAAGCCUACAAAAGAGUUCUGGAGGAACGAGCUGAGCUCAAUCGCAAAAAGCAAGAGCAGAAUAGACUGGAGCAAAUUCGCAAGCGACAACGUGAAGUGGAAGAAAUGCGUCAAAAUCAUAAACAAAUCGGUCAUCACAACAACGAUGAGUAUGAAGCGCAACUAAAGCAAUUGGCACAAGAUUAUGGAGACAGCAGCGCCGAUGAAGAAACCGAAACUGACGAUGAAGAAGAUGAGGAAAAUGAAGAUGAUGUGCUAGAGUCGGGCGACGAGCAAUUGUAUGUAGAUGAUCUCUAUUGUGUAGCCUGUAAUAAAGCAUUUAAGAACGAAAAUGCCUAUGCAAACCAUGAAACAAGCAAAAAACACCGGGAAGCAUUGGAACGUAUGAAACUCGAAAUGCAAGCAGAGGAAGAAGCUUUUCUAAAUGGUAAUGAAGAUGAGGAACACAGUGAAGUAUUACAGGAUAGUGAAUUAGAUGUAUUAGAGACUGACAAUUCUAAAGAUGAGCAUCCUAUUGAGCCAACAGAAGAUAGGGAUUUAUGUGGAAAUGAUAAUGUGGAUCAUAAUGAAGAAAAAGAUUCCUGUAAACAGGAAGACUUACUGACAAAUGACAAAUCAAAAAAGACAAAAAAGUUACGAAAAAGCAACAAACUCAAUAAAUCUCAGCCACAACCAACAGUUGAUGAGGACGAUGAGGAAUCUUUGCCAACCGACUUCCUGGCUCAAGCAAAAUUGGAUACAAGUGAUGAGGAGGACUGGAAUAACAAAAGUAAAAAACCAACUCGAAAAAAUAAAAAACAAGCCAAAAAGAUUAUCGUGGAAGAAAAAAAGGCUAAUUCUACCAAACUGGAUGAAAAAGUAACAACGACAACAGAUGCGAAAAUUGUACAAGAUGAAAGCGAUGAUGAACCUAUUCCAAAAUCUUCCGCUAAAGCAAAAGAGAAACCCGCCAAGAUAAAGGAAAAAGAUGAUACCGAUUCUUCUGCAAUUUCACAUGUGUGUGUCACUUGCCAUGCAAACUUUCAGUCUAAAAAUAAGCUCUUUGCACAUCUAAAGAUCACCAACCACGGUGUCUACAUACCGAAAACAAAGGCGCAAGUAAAUGCGACAGCACCAGAGGGCAAAAUCAAAAAGAAUAAAGGAAAACGAAAAUAGACGUAUAUCAAUUGUAAAUUUUAGUUAUAUUCGCUACAUAUACUAUAAAAUGUGUAAUUUCUGCUUAUGAAAUUAUUAAAAACUACGUAGAUGUGCUUAUUUAAAUUAACAAAAAAAUUUCAUUGGAAAUUGAUUUCUAAUUCAAACAACCAGUGCAUUAUCAAUUUAAAGAAUGUGUUUUAAACUUGAAAAAAAUAUUGAAAUUUUUCGUUCCUUUGUAUUGUAGUACCGAAAUGAUACGUGUAUGUGGUUUAUUUUCGAAAAACAUUAAAAAUCGUAUAACUAGUAUAAAUACUGAGAAAUUAUAUUCAAUUAAUCAAAAAUACUUGUAGUUCAACACAGCCAUUAAAAUUACUUUUUGUUUUGAAUGGAGUAUUCUAAGCUUUCUGUAAAUUUGUUAAUAAAUGUUGCUGUUGUUGUAUUUUUUACGGACCUUGCAAGGAAUUUGAUGCUUUCGCUAAAGUUCCUACCAUUAGAAGAGAGUACGGUCUAGUUGUCAUACUUUUCUGUGAGUCUACAUAUAAAUGUAAGUUAUAUCAACUGUUGUGAUAUUUUCACAAACUAUUAUAAUUACUUGAAAUACUGACUAAACUUUGCUAACCUCAACAAGUAAACAAUUAUACAAUAGGUGCAUGAAUUGUAUGUGUGGAUUUAUUCGAAAACUUUUUUGGGUUUCUGUUCUUAUAAACAUUAUACAAUGUUAAUAUACACGCUUAUAAGUUUAUUUAAAAAUGAGUUGCGCAUGUGAUGCUUUAAAUAUAAGUACACUUAUGUAUGUCAAUACAAAAAAUAUGUCACUUGAGUUUGUGUAAUCAAUAGUUUACAAUGUUUAAACUAAAUUACUAAAAAUAAAGGAACUUAAUACUAUUAAAAUACAUUUACAUACAUAUAUUAAAUAAUUUACACCACAGUAGUUUUAUUCGAUAAAUAUACGAAAUGCAAUAUU